AAGAUUAAGACUGAACAUGAGGAUCUGACGCCCACCAGAAGCUCCAGUAAUCAGCAAACGUCCUCUGGUACUGUCAGCAUUAACACCUCUCUCAGUCCCACACAGGAAGAAGGAAACGUCUGCUCACAGUGUGGGAAGAGCUUCAGGUUGCAGAGGGAACUCAAAAUACACCAGCACAUUCACACUGGAGAGAGACCGUAUCAGUGCUCACAUUGUGGACAGAGCUUCAGUACCUGGGGUGAUCUCAAAAGACACCAGCGCAUUCACACUGGAGAGAAAUCGUAUCAGUGCUCACACUGUGGGAAGAGCUUCAGGUUCCCGAGUGAUCUCAAAAUACACCAGCGCAUUCAUACUGGAGAGAAACCAUAUCAGUGCUCACAGUGUGGGAAGAGUUUUAAUCAACAGUGUAAUCUCAAAACCCACCAGCGCAUUCACACCGGAGAAAAACCGUAUCAGUGCUCACAAUGUGGGAAGAGUUUUAAUCAACUGAGUCAACUAAAAAUACACCAGCACAUUCACACCGAAGAGAGACCAUAUCACUGCUCUCAGUGUGGGAAGAGCUUUAGGUUCCAGAUUGCUUUCAAAAUACACCAGCGCAUUCACACCGGAGAGAAACCCUAUCAGUGCUCUCAGUGUGGAAAGUGUUUUAGUCAACAGAGUGCUCUCAAAAAACAUCAGCGCAUUCACACUGGAAAGAAACCGUAUCAGUGCUCACAGUGUGGAAAGAGUUUUAGUCAACAGAGUUAUUUCAAAACCCACCAGCGCAUUCACACUGGAGAGAAACCACAUCAGUGCUUACAGUGUGGAAAGAGUUUUAGUCAACAGAGUAAUCUCAAGGAACACCAGCGCAUUCACACUGGAGAGAAACCAUAUCAGUGCUUACAGUGUGUAAAGAGUUUUAGUCAACAAAGUCAUCUCAGAGAACACCAGCGCAUUCACACUGGAGAGAAACCGUAUCAGUGCUCACAGUGUGGGAAGAGUUUUAGUUGUCAGAGUAAUCUAAAAAAACACCAGCGCAUUCACACUGGAGAGAAACCGUAUCAGUGCUCACAGUGUGGGAUGAAUUUCUGUCAUCAGAGUGCUCUCAAAAUACACCAGCACAUUCACACUGAAGACAAACCGUAUCAGUGCUCACAGUGUGGGAAGAGUUUUUAUCGUCAGACUACUCUUAAAAGACACCAGCGCAUUCACACUGGAGAGAAACCAUAUCAGUGCUCACAGUGUGAGAAGAGUUUUAAUUGUCAGAGUUAUUUUAAAACCCACCAGCGCAUUCACACUGGAGAGAAACCGUAUCAGUGCUCACAGUGUGGAAAGAGUUUUAAUCAACAGAGUGAUCUCAAAAAACACCAGCGCAUUCACACUGGAGAGAAACCGUAUCAGUGCUCACAGUGUGGGAAGAGUUUUAUUACACAGGGUCAUCUCAAAAUACACCAACGCAUUCACACUGGAGAGAGGCCAUAACCGUGCUCACAGUGUAGGAAGAGUUGGAGAGUACCAGCUACUGGAGGUGUCGGAGGGGGCGUGUGUAGCAGUAGAGGUGAAUUAUGAUCAGGUAGUUGGAUACGACUAGAUUGGGAUUGGACUGAUGCUCUAUCCAGGGAACUUCAGCUUCCAUCUUCUCCAUGUACGAGCUCCAGUAAUCAGCAAACGUCCUCUGGUACUGUCAGCAUUAACACCUCUCUCAGUCCCACACAGGAAGAAGGAAAUGUCUGCUCACAGUGUGGGAAGAGCUUCAGUACCCGAAGGAAUCUAAAAAGACACCAGCACAUUCACACUGGAGUGAAACCGUAUCAGUGCUCACAGUGUGGGAAGAGUUUCAGUCAACAGAGUGCUCUCAAAAUACACCAGCGCGUUCACACUGGAGAGAAACCGUAUAAGUGCUCACAGUGUGGGAAGAGUUUUAUUAUGCAGAACACCAGCACAUUCACACUGGAGAGAAACCAUAUCAGUGCUCACAGUGUGGGAAGAGUUUUAAUUGUCAUAGUAAUCUGAAAGUACACCAGCGCAUUCACACUGGAGAGAAAGCAUAUCCAUGCUCAGAGUGUGGGAAGAGUUUCUAUCGUCAGAGUCAUCUCAAAAUACAUUCACACUGGAGAGAAACCGUAUCAGAGUUUUUAUCAACAGUUUACUCUUAAAAGACACCAGCGCAUUCACAGUGGAGGAAAAAAAAAUGACCUGAUGUUCUAUUCUGGGUGAGUGAGUGAGGGUCUCUGGGUUUGGGUGAGUGAGUGAGUGAGGGUCUCUGGGUUUGGGUGAGUGAGUGAGUGAGUGAGGGUCUCUGGGGUUGAGUGAGUGAUGUAGUAACUUUAGAUGAAUUGAUGAUUUAUCCUGCUGACUGUGGUGAGAAAGUAACUCAGGACCUUUCUGCUCCUCAAGGAACUUUAGCUUCCAUCUUCUUCAUGUACGAGCUCUUUCAUCUCCACUAUCUUUAACCUUUUUAAAUAAUGUUUUUACUAUAUUAUUUUCUUGUAUUAAAUAUUUAUUACAUAUAGAAAUGAUGUGAGUUAAUAAUGGAUUAAAAAGACUGGA